AUGGCUGACGAAAAUCCGGAAUUCACAAAGACUCCCUGCUCAACCUGCAAAGAGGUGUCGACCGAGGAUGAGGUGAUGGUGGGCUGCGAUUGCUGCAAGCUGUGGUUCCAUGCUCGGUGCGUCAACUUCAAUCCGGCUGAUAAGAAGUCGGGGAAGAAAUGGUACUGUCCGGACAAGGACUGCCAGAAGAAGAAAAAGACUAAGAAGUCUGUUGAGGUACCGCUCCCAGUGCCCCCCGAGUUGCAAGAGAAGCUGGAUGCUUUGGAAGAAACUCGGAAGCGUGCGGAAGCGGAACAGGAGAUGACGCGAGUCCUGAAGGAGAAGGAGUUUGAACUGGCUGCUUAUCUUCAGGAGCGUCAGAUGAAGAUCGACGAAGAGCUCCGCGAGAAGGAAGCCAAAAGGGCUGAGGAACUUCGCGAGAGGGACUUCAAGCGGCGCGAGGCCGAUCUAGCGGCGGAGAUGGUGAAGAAGGAGGAGCACCUGAAGCGGAUCCAACAGCUGGAAACAACGUUCCGGGACAAAAGCGCCUCCAUCGACAAGCUGCUGAAAAACAGUAGUACUCCGCUAAGAAACCCCGAAGUCAAACCGCUGACUGAAGGAAACGUCGCUAAACACGACGGCCGCGAAGAUCCUGAGGUCGAUCCGGCGAAACCUGGAGACAUUCCGGAUAAUCCUGGGACCAAUCCGGGAACUCCUGGAAGCAAUCCGGGUUCGACAAAGUCGUCUAAGAAACCGGAGUCCUCGUCGGAUAGUUCGUCGGCGUCCAGCGUCUCGACCGACGCCAACGGUGACGGAAAGAGCGGAAAAACGGCAAAGUCGACCAAAGUUGAUGUGUCCAAGCCAGACGGGCUGGGGCUGCAUGGAUCGGGUCCAACGAAGGCCCAGCGAGCUGCACGACAAGGGCUGACAAGGAAGCUGCCAGACUUCCACGGCAAGCCAGAAGAGUGGCCAUUGUUCUUCGCGGCCUACCAAGCGUCAAACGAAGCCUGCGGGUACACGGACGUGGAAAAUCUCGUGCGACUACAGGACUGCCUGAAAGGCAGAGCGCUCGAGGAGGUGCGUGGCCAGCUCAUUCUGCCCAAGUCAGUUCCGCGUGUGAUCGCCAAGCUUCGCCAGAUCUACGGCCGCCCAGAAGUGCUGCUGCAAAGCCACCUACAACGAGUGCGCAAGCUGGAGCCACCGAGAGCGGACAAGUUGGGAUCGUUCAUCCCGUUCGGCAAUGCAGUGGAACAAUUGUGCGAACACAUCGAAGCCGCAGAACUAACGGCGCAUCUGGUCAAUCCGAUCUUGAUCCAGGAACUCGUCGACAAGCUCCCGGACGGGGAGAAGAGGAGUUGGGUGCACUACAAGCGCAAGAAGCGCGAGGUGAAUCUGCGUACGCUCACCAACUUUCUCUCGAAGAUCGUCGAGGACGCGUGCGAGGCGACGGUCAUCCUAGACUACAAACCGGACGUCAGAGCAGCGUCGGGAUCGAGCGGCCGAAGCCGAAACAAAGAGAAAGCCGCACUGUUCAACCAUAGCGUUGCAGAGGAAUCUACAGAGCGGCGAGAGCAGAAACAGCAAAGGCCGUGCAAGGCGUGCCAGUGCACGGACCAUCGGCUGUGGAACUGCGAGGACUUCAAGAAGCUGCCCUACGAAGAUCGAGCGAAGAUGGCGACGAAGUGGAAGCUUUGCCAACGCUGCCUGAAUGACCACGGCGGCCAAUGCAAGCUCAAACUUCGCUGCAACGUCGGAGAGUGUCGCGAGCCGCACAAUGCUUUGCUUCAUCCGGAGACCAGGGCAGUCGGCAUGAACGCACACAUUACGUCCACGAGUCCCGUGCUGUUCCGGAUGCUCCCGGUAAAAGUCUACUGCGGUGAGAGAUCAAUGAUCGUGCUCGCUUUCCUCGACGAGGGUUCGUCCCUCACCCUGAUCGAAAGUGGUCUAGCCGACCGUUUGGGGCUGUUGGGGACGAAGGAGAAGCUCACCAUCAAGUGGACGGCCAACGUCACACGAGUGGAACAACAUUCGAGGCGGACAAAUAUUUGGGCGUCGGCGAUCAACGGGACGAAUGGCGAGAAGCUGCUGCUGCAAUCUGUGCGUACGGUGGACAAGCUGAUGUUGCCACGCCAAACACUAAAUGCUGCUGAAGUUUCGUCACACUACGAUCACUUGCGCGGGAUUCCGAUGGAUUCGUACGACGGUCGGCCAGGAAUGCUGAUCGGGUUGAAUAACAUUCAUUCGUUCGCACCGCUGGAAACGAAGGUCGGCACGAUUGUCGAUCCGGUGGCAGUCCGGUGCAAGCUCGGCUGGACGGUCUACGGACCGCGGGAUGCAGAGUCGGCGGGCGCGAGCUGUUUCCUCGGAUGCCACCAAGAAGUGACGAACGAGGAGCUGCACGAUCUUCUCAAAAGCCACUAUUCGCUGGAAGAAGCGGUGGUGACUGUGCAGCGGGAGUCGGUCGAGGAUCAGCGGGCGAGGAAGAUCAUGGAGGAAACUACGCGUCGCGUGGGUGACCGCUUCGAGACCGGACUGCUGUGGAAGACCGACGACGUCAAGUUCCCGAACAGCUACCCGAUGGCUGUGAAGCGGAUGAAGCAGCUGGAGAAGAAACUUGAGCGUUCGCCGGAAUUGUACAACAACGUCAAGAAGCAGAUUCUGGACUACCAGGCCAAGGGAUACGCGCACGAAGCCACCGCGGAGGAACUGAACGAAACCGAUAACAACAAAGCGUUCUACUUGCCGCUCAACGUGGUGGUGAACCCGAAGAAGCCGGGGAAAGUUCGGCUGGUUUGGGAUGCGGCGGCGACGAUUGGUGGAGUCUCUCUCAACUCGAUGCUGGUGAAGGGACCAGAUCUGCUCGUGCCACUGGUGUCAGUGAUCUGUGGGUUCCGCGAACGACGAGUUGCCUUCGGCGGGGACAUCCGCGAGAUGUACCACCAGCUGAAGAUUAUCUCCGGGGACAAGCAAGCUCAACGCUUCCUCUUCCGGGACAACAUCAACGAAGAGCCGAAAGUGUACGUGAUGGACGUCGCUACAUUCGGGUCGAAGAGUUCGCCGGCGUCGGCGCAGUACGUCAAGAACCGCAAUGCGGAAGAGCAUGCCGGUCAGUAUCCGGACGCCGUGGCUGCGAUCAUCAAUCGGCACUACGUCGAUGACUAUUUUGACAGCGUCGACACCGUCGAGGAAGCUGUCAAGCGAGCGAAGCAGGUGAGCCACGUCCACAAACAAGGUGGUUUCGAGAUCCGCAACUGGGUGUCCAACUCGCCGGAAGUGCUGACUGCUCUGGGCGAAGAGAAGCCGAUGAGUCCUGUGCUGCUGAAUCAGGACAAGCAAACACCCAGCGAACGCGUACUCGGCGUGCGGUGGGACCCGGAGCUGGACGAAUUCGCCUUCGCCGUGAUGCACCGCGAAGAACUGAUGAAGUACCUGAAAGAGGGGAAAAGGCCAACCAAACGGAUCAUCAUCAUCCAACAUUUGUGGCGAACCGGCUGCAGAUGGGACCAAGACAUUGACGACGAAGCCUGGAUUCUGUGGAAGCGGUGGACGGCACUGCUGCCGGAAGUCGAAGCGCUGCGGUUUCCCCGGAGCUACUUCGGCGAUGCGAUGUCCUCGUCGAUCGAGAGUCUCGAGCUGCACAUCUUCAGCGACGCGAGCGAGCUGGCCUACGGUUGUGCGGCGUAUCUACGCGCGGUCAUCAACGGCCAAGUUCACUGCAGCCUCGUCAUGGCGAGAUCGAAGGUAGCACCGCUGAAACGACAAUCAAUUCCACGUCUGGAGUUGAUGGCGGCGUGCAUGGGAGCGCGCUUGAGCCAGCAGAUCCUCGGAACUCACACGCUGCAAAUCGACCGUACCGUUUUCUGGACCGACUCGAGGACUGUCCUCGCUUGGCUGCACGCAGAUCCCUACAAGUACAAGCAGUUCGUCGCCUUUCGGGUCGGGGAGAUUCUGGAGCUGACGAGACUGGACGAUUGGAGAUGGGUGCCUUCCAAGAAGAACAUCGCAGACGUUCUCACGAAGUGGGGACCUGGACCGCCACUGCAGAACGAUUCGGAAUGGGGGAACGGCCCGGCGAUACUGUUCGAGCAGGAUGACCACGACUCACCGCCUGAGCAGAUCGAGGAGACGAACGAAGACGCACGAGGCGUGGUACUGUUCCACAGGACAGUCAACGUAGAAGCGGUCUCGACGUGGGCAAAGCUGGACGGCCGUCCAGUACUGACUGCAAAGGCCACGAGUCGCCUAGCCAAGCUGGUCAAAGCGCAGCACGAGACGGAUGUUCAACCGCUGCAACAAGACGAGCUGCAGAAGGCCGAGAGGAUUCUGUGGAAGCAAGCGCAGUUCGAGAGCUUCCCCUGA